UUCCAGGAGAAAUUUUGAAGCAUCAAAUGAUUCAGCUGUCAACCUCUAUGCCACUCAUGGACCCUGCAAAUUUUGUAUGGGCAUGUAUGGGCGACCCGGACCCGGUCGCGAACCAAAUUAUCUUUGAUUACCUGUUUCUUGAGGGUAAGGAUGCAGCAGAAGCAGCAGACCACAUAAUCUGCAAUUCAUCCAUGGAGCUGGAGCCUGGGGCAUUCACUCUAUUUCCAAAGAUGUUGCCAAUAGGUCCACUUUUGGCCACAAACAAUGCCACAAGGCAAGUAGGCCACUUAUGGAAAGAAGACUCUACUUGCUUAACAUGGCUCAAUCAACAGCCGGUCUGCUCGGUCAUUUAUGUUGCAUUUGGGAGCAUCACAAUUUUUGACCAGCUGCAAUUUGAAGAGCUGGCGUUAGGCCUCGAGGAUACCAAAAUGCCAUUCUUGUGGGUUGUUCGACCUGGCCCAAGUGGUAAUAUGGACUAUGUCUACCCAAGCGGCUACUUGGACAGAAUAGGCAGUCGUGGGAAGAUACUAAGCUGGGCACCUCAGCAGGAGGUCCUAAACCAUCCGUCAGUGGCUUGCUUCAUGAGUCAUUGUGGUUGGAACUCUACAAUGGAGGGCGUUAGCAAUGGCGUUCCUUUUGUGUGUUGGCCAUACUUUGCUGAUCAAUUUUUUAACAAAACAUACAUAUGUGAUAUCUGGAAAACUGGUGUGGGUUUGAACAAAGAUGAAACAGGUAUUGUUACACGAGGAGAAAUCAAGAGUAAAGUGGAGCAACUGGUCAACAACGACAUACACAAAGCAAAUGCCUUGAAUUUGAAAGAAAAAUUAACGGACUGCUUGCGAGAAGGAAAUUCCUCAAACAAAAACCUCAACAAGUUCAUUGAUUGGCUAAAGGAAGGAUGAACAUGUUUGAAUGAAUAAAACCUGCAAAUGAUCAUGCACGAAUGUUAAGAUUCCAUUGUACGUUUGCAAAAUUGCAUGUAGGCUUUUAGUUUGUGUUUACUUUGUUUGGUGAGUGGGGACUCCAUGUACGUUUGCAAAAGC